CACACACAGCACCACGCCGAGAAACGCCCAAAGCCCAAAGCCCUCGUCGGCUCAUCCCCACCGCAACGACGCUUCCGGCGGCGGCGGCCAUGGAGGCGGCCAUGGCGGAGUUCCAGAGCCUAGGGUCGCUCGGCCCCAUAUGCGCGGUGGCGAACGAGUUCCUGCGCAACCAGACGGCGCAGAACGAGUACGAGGCGGAAGAGCAAUGCGACCGCUUGUUCCACCCCACCCAAUACGACAUGCCCGUCAACCGGCUCUCCUCCGCCGCCGCCGCUCGCUUCUUCGCGCUGCCUCCCGACGACGACGUCGACCGCGUCAGCCGCCUCCCCGACGCGCUCCUCCGCGACGUCGUCUCCCGCCUCCCCGUCAAGGACGCCGCGCGCACCGCCGCGCUCUCCCGCCGCUGGCGCGGGGUCUGGCGCUCGGCGCCGCUCGUCCUCGCCGACGCGGACCUCCUCCCCGACACCUCCGCCGUGUCCCGCGUCCUCGAGGCGCACCCGGGACCGUUCCGCUGCGUCCACCUUACCCGCACCCUCGCGGAGGGCUUCCACGGCCUGCUCACGCGCUGGCUCCAGCUCCUCGCCGCCAAGGGCAUCCAGGAGCUCGUCCUCGUCAACGCCCGCUGGCCGCUCGACUACUUUCUCCCCGCCAACCUCCUAAGCCUGACCAGCCUCACCCGCCUCUACCUCGGCAUGUGGAGGUUCCCCGACACGGCCGGCCUCCGGCGCGCCACCUGCUUCCCCAAUCUCCGUGACCUCGGGCUCUGUCACGUCCUCGUGGAGAGGCGGGAUCUGGACUUCAUCCUCGACAGGAGCCCCGUGCUGGAGACGCUGUGCGUCCAGGGCAAUGUGCUGAAGCUUCGCAUCCGGCUCGUCAGCCAGAGCCUCCGGUGCGUGCAGAUCAUUGGGUGCUUCAUCGAAGAGAUCUUCGUGCUGGACGCCCCAAAUCUUGAGCGGUUCAUCUAUUCAGAUGCUUGGCACCCUGUUGGCAACUGCACCACCACGGUCAAGAUCGGCCAUGCCCCCAAGCUGCACUUGUUGGGAUACUUGGCGUUGGACCCACGAAAGCAUGUCCUAGAUGUCGGCAACACCAUCAUCAAGGCUGGGAUAGGGAUGAGCCCAAGCACCAUGCUACCAGGUGUGAAAAUCCUGGCUUUGGAGGUGCGUUUCGCAGUCCGCAAUGAUGUCAAGAUGAUCCCCAAUGUCCUCAGAUGCUUUCCGAAUGUUGAGACGCUCCACAUCAUGUCUGGAAAAACUGAUCAAUCCACUGGCAAGGUCAACCUGAAGUUCUGGCUUGAGUCUGGUACCAUAGAAUGCAUAGAGUCGCGCAUCAAGCUGCUGGUUUUCCAUGGUUUCCAAGGGGAUCGAAGCGAGCUUGCCUUCCUCAAAUUCUUCUUUGAGAGCGCGUUUGUACUGGAGGAGGUAGUGGUUCUGUUGGCCGCUGAUCCGACGGAUGAGAUGAUACGCAAGGUGGUGUUUCUGAAGUACAUGGAACGGGCCAGUGAAGCCUCCAUACUGUCGGUCGGCCAUUCUGGUCCUCAAGGCUUCGCUCAGAGCGCCAGAAGAGGAUCUGAUUUCUCCCUCGGUGACCCUUUUGCCAACUAUUGCCGCAGCGACUUGUAUCGUAUGUCAUCACCCCACCCCUUGUACCUGUGCUAGCCUGAUUAGCUUCAGCGUCGAAGUUGGCAGUAUCAUUGUUGCAGCCGUUGUUCUACUGGUUGGCAAUUACGGACCACCGCGUAUGUGUUUCAUGCGAUUUCGUUAGCUAGGCUGUGAUCUUGAUGACAGCUGUGUUGCAUUGCAUGGUUUUGGCUAAAAAUAUGUUUAUUGAGAUUGUGACAA